CGGCUGCGUGUCCCGGCGCGCGGCUGGGUAGCCCCGCCGGCCACGAGGACACAGCAGCAUGAAGCAGAGGUUGAUUUUCUCAAGUCCUCUGUCACAGCAAAAGAAGGCUAAUACCAUGGCAGGAUUAAGGUGACAGUGCCGGGGGGAUCAGCACCAUUCCACCGCCCCUCUGUGGAGCUGUGCCAAGAGUAGGGGAACAUGGAGGAGAGGAAGCAGGAGACAACGAACCAAGCCCACGUCCUCUUUGACCGUUUUGUCCAGGCCACCACCUGCAAGGGGACCCUCAGGGCCUUCCAAGAGCUCUGCGACCACCUGGAGCUCAAGCCCAAGGACUACCGUUCCUUCUACCACAAGCUCAAGUCCAAGCUCAACUACUGGAAGGCCAAAGCCCUCUGGGCCAAAUUGGACAAGCGGGGCAGUCACAAAGACUACAAAAAAGGCAAAGCCUGCACCAACACAAAGUGUCUCAUCAUUGGAGCUGGCCCAUGUGGGCUCCGAACAGCCAUCGACUUGUCGUUGUUGGGAGCCAAGGUGGUGGUGAUUGAAAAGCGAGAUGCCUUCUCCCGCAACAAUGUCUUACAUCUCUGGCCCUUCACCAUACAUGAUCUUCGAGGCCUGGGUGCCAAGAAAUUCUACGGCAAGUUCUGUGCCGGAGCCAUCGACCAUAUCAGUAUCCGUCAGCUCCAGCUAAUCCUCUUGAAGGUAGCCUUGAUCUUGGGCAUUGAGAUCCAUGUCAAUGUGGAAUUCCAAGGACUUGUUCAGCCUCCUGAGGACCAAGAGAACGAACGGAUAGGAUGGCGAGCAUUGGUGCACCCCAAAACUCAUCCUGUAUCAGAAUAUGAAUUUGAAGUGAUCAUCGGUGGGGAUGGGCGUAGGAACACCUUAGAAGGAUUUCGUCGAAAAGAAUUUCGGGGCAAGCUAGCUAUUGCCAUUACAGCAAAUUUUAUCAACCGCAACACAACCGCAGAGGCCAAAGUGGAGGAGAUCAGUGGUGUGGCUUUUAUAUUCAACCAAAAAUUCUUCCAGGAGCUGAGAGAAGCUACAGGUAUUGACUUAGAGAACAUCGUCUACUACAAAGAUGACACACACUACUUUGUCAUGACGGCCAAAAAGCAGAGUUUGCUGGACAAAGGGGUGAUACUGCAUGACUACACGGACACAGAGCUGUUGCUUUCCCGGGAGAAUGUGGACCAGGAGGCCCUGCUGAACUAUGCCCGGGAGGCUGCAGACUUCUCUACCCAGCAGCAACUGCCUUCUCUGGAUUUUGCCAUCAAUCACUAUGGGCAGCCAGACGUGGCCAUGUUUGACUUUACCUGCAUGUACGCCUCUGAAAAUGCCGCCUUGGUACGGGAACAGAACGGACACCAGUUACUAGUAGCUUUGGUUGGGGACAGCCUCCUGGAGCCUUUCUGGCCAAUGGGGACAGGAAUAGCCCGGGGCUUUCUGGCUGCUAUGGACUCUGCCUGGAUGGUACGAAGCUGGUCUCUGGGCACCAGCCCCUUGGAAGUCUUGGCAGAAAGGGAAAGCAUUUAUAGGUUGCUGCCUCAGACCACCCCUGAGAACGUGAGCAAAAACUUCAGCCAAUAUAGCAUCGACCCUGUCACUAGGUAUCCCAAUAUUAACAUCAACUUCCUCAGGCCAAGCCAGGUGCGCCAUUUAUAUGAUAGCGGAGAAACAAAAGAUAUUCAUCUAGAAAUGGAGAACCUGGUGAAUUCCCGAACCACUCCCAAGCUGACUCGCAAUGAGUCUGUAGCUCGUUCAAGCAAACUGCUGGGGUGGUGCCAGAGGCAGACAGACGGCUAUUCAGGAGUGAACGUGACAGAUCUCACUAUGUCUUGGAAAAGUGGCCUGGCCCUGUGUGCGAUCAUCCACAGAUACCGCCCCGAUCUAAUAGACUUUGAUGCUUUGGAUGAGCAAAAUGUGGAGAAGAAUAACCAGCUGGCCUUUGACAUCGCUGAGAAGGAACUGGGCAUCUCUCCCAUCAUGACGGGCAAGGAGAUGGCUUCAGUGGGGGAGCCAGACAAGUUGUCCAUGGUGAUGUACCUCACGCAGUUCUACGAGAUGUUCAAGGACUCACUCCCCUCCAGUGACACCCUGGACCUGAACGCAGAGGAGAAAGCUGUCCUGAUAGCCAGCACCAAAUCCCCCAUCUCCUUCCUGAGCAAGCUCGGACAGACCAUCUCUCGGAAGCGUUCGCCCAAGGAUAAAAAGGAAAAGGACUCGGAUGGGGCUGGAAAGAGGAGAAAAACCAGUCAAUCAGAAGAGGAGGAGCCUUCCCGGAGCUACAAAGGAGAAAGACCUACCUUGGUGAGCACUCUGACCGACAGGCGGAUGGAUGCUGCCAUUGGGAACCAGAACAAAGUAAAGUAUAUGGCAACCCAGCUGCUGGCCAAGUUUGAAGAGAAUGCGCCUGCUCAGUCCACUGGCGUGAGGAGACAGGGCUCCAUAAAGAAAGAGUUCCCGCAGAACUUGGGGGGCAGCGACACGUGCUAUUUCUGCCAAAAGCGGGUCUACGUGAUGGAGAGGCUGAGCGCCGAGGGCAAGUUCUUCCAUCGCAGCUGCUUCAAGUGCGAGUAUUGCGCCACCACGCUGCGCCUGUCAGCCUACGCCUAUGACAUCGAGGACGGCAAAUUCUACUGUAAGCCGCACUACUGUUACCGACUAUCUGGCUACGCUCAAAGGAAAAGGCCAGCAGUGGCUCCUCUGUCUGGAAAGGAGGCCAAAGGAACCCUGCAGGAUGGCCCCACUGCAGAUGCAAACGGACUGGCCAGCGUUGCCGCCAGCUCAGCCGAGAGAAGUCCAGGUACCAGCAUGAAUGGCCUGGAGGAGCCCAGCAUCGCCAAGAGGCUGAGGGGCACCCCUGAGAGGAUCGAGCUGGAGAACUACCGCCGAUCUGUGAGGCAGAUAGAGGAGCUGGAGGAGGUACCUGAGGAGACGCAGGCCGAGCAUAACCUAAGCAGCGUGUUAGACAAAGGCACCGAAGAGGAUGUGGCCAGCAGCAGUUCUGAGUCAGAGAUGGAGGAGGAGGAAGAUGAAGAUGAUCAGCUCCCCACCUCUGACCUGGGCGGGGUUCCCUGGAAGGAGGCAGUCAGGAUCCAUGCCCUUCUGAAGGGGAGGAGUGAAGAGGAGCUGGAAGCCUCCAAGAACUUCGAGCCUGAGGACGAGGAGGAAGAGGAGGAAUAUGAAGAAGAAGAUGAAGAAUAUGAGGAGGAGGAAGAGGAGGAGUCCAGUGAAGCCGGGAACAAGAGGCUGCAGCAGAUCAUAACCGCAGCGGAUCCCUUGGCGAUCCAGGCUGAUGUGCACUGGACACACAUCCGUGAGAGAGAGGCAGAGGAGAGGAUGCUCCCAGCCUCUGAGUCCUCCACUUCUAGAGCUCCUCUGGAUGAAGAUGACCUAGAGGAGGAUGUGGACUCUGAGCCAGCGGAGACCGAAGGGGAAGCUGCAGAGGAUGGAGACCCUGGAGACACUGGUGCUGAACUGGAUGAUCAGCACUGGUCUGACGAUAUCCCUUCUGAUGCUGAAACGGAACAUCCAGCACAGAGCCAGGCCGAGCUGAAAGCAGAGCUGGACCUGAGAGUGUCAGAAAACGAGGAAGAGAAGCUAUCUGAUACACCAAAGCAAGAGGAAAGAGCUCCUUCCCAAGUCUCCAGCCCUAGUCAGCCACCUCAGAAACAAGCUGUUCUGUUCUCCCCAGUCCACAGCCCUGGAGCAGAGGAGGCCAAGCCCCCACUUGCCUCCAUCGCCACCAAGGUGAAGUCCCCUGAGGAGCCACUUUUCCCUGAACCUCUGCUCCUCAGAGAAAAGCCCAAAGCUGACGCCCCUGAAGAACAGAAAAUUGUACGCUCACCCAUUCGGUCACAGCCUGUGGCCCUGCCAGAAGCCAGGUCGCCUACCUCACCCACCAGCUUACAGCCAGAGACUCUGCUGGCCCCUGCCACUCCUCCCACACCUCCCUCCACCCAGCUCCCCAUCUGUUCCCAACCUCAACCUUCUUCAGAUGCUUCCAUCCCAUCGCCCACCAAGUCCCCCAUACGCUUCCAGCCAGUUCCAGCCAAAACAUCCACACCCCUCACCCCACUCCCUGUGAAGAGCCAAGGAGACCCCAAAGACAGACUAAGUGGCCCUCUGGCUGUGGAGGAGGCCCUGAAGCGGAGUGAUCUGGUGGAAGAAUUCUGGAUGAAGAGUGCUGAGAUCCGCCGCAGCCUGGGCCUUACUCCUGUGGACCGGAAUAAGGGCUCAGAGCCCAGCCUCCCAUCCCCUGCCUUGAAGCCAAUAACCCUAAAAUCCUACUCAGUAGACAAGUCGCCUCAGGAUGAGGGUCUCUGCCUUCUGAAACCUCCACCUGUUCCUAAAAGGUUGGGCCUGCCAAAGUCAGCUGGUGACCAGCCCCCACUGCUGACCCCAAAGUCGCCCUCCGACAAGGAGCUGAGGAGCAACCAGGAGGAACGAAGGGACCUGUCGAGCAGCUCGGGCCUGGGCCUCCAUGGCAGCUCCUCCAACAUGAAGACCUUGGGCAGCCAGAGCUUCAACACCUCAGACUCCACCAUGCUCACUCCACCUUCCAGCCCACCCCCACCCCCACCCCCCAACGAGGAGCCUGCCACCCUUCGAAGGAAACCCCAUCAGACUUUUGAGCCCAGGGAGGCCUCAGUUAUCCCACCUCCCACCCCUGCCUCAUUCAUGCGGCCCCCACGGGAGGCAGCCCAGCCCCCCAGGGAGGAGGUUCGGAAGUCCUUUGUGGAGAGCGUGGAUGAGAUCCCCUUUGCUGACGAUGUGGAGGACACUUACGAUGACAAGACUGAGGACUCCAGUCUGCAGGAGAAGUUCUUCACACCUCCAUCCUGCUGGUCCCGUUCAGAGAAGCUCCUGGCCAAGGAGAACGGGCGGCUCCCUCCACUGGAGCGUGAUGUGCAACCCCAGAAAAGGGGACUGCCUCUGGUCUCAGCAGAAGCCAAGGAGCUGGCUGAGGAGCGCAUGCGAGCCCGGGAGAAGUCUGUGAAGAGCCAGGCGCUGCGAGAUGCCAUGGCCAAGCAGCUGAGCAGGAUGCAGGCCAUGGAGAUGGCAUCCUCCAGGUCCCGCACGGCGCUAUCCCAGAGCAAGGAACGCGGGUCCGAGUCCACCAAGCACCCAAGCCUCCGACGCUCUCAGGAGCCUACCCUGAAGCAUGAAGCUACCAGCGAAGAGAUCCUCUCCCCUCCGUCAGACUCAGGAGGCCCCGAUGGCUCUGUCACCUCAUCUGAGGGCUCCAGUGGAAAGAGCAAAAAGAGGUCGUCCCUCUUCUCUCCCCGCAGGAACAAGAAAGAGAAGAAACCCAAAGGGGAAGCCAGGCCCCCAGAGAAACCCAGCCCAAGCCUCCCAGAAGAUGUGGCAGCUAAGCCCAAGUCCCUAUGGAAAUCAGUCUUCUCUGGGUACAAGAAGGACAAGAAGAAAAAGAGCGAUGAGAAAUCGUGCUCCAGUACACCAUCCAGUGGCGCCACGGUGGACUCUGGCCAGCGCAGGGCAUCUCCAAUGGUGAGAGCAGAGCUGCAUCUCCGGCGCCAGCUGAGUUUCUCAGAGGACUCAGACCUGUCCAGUGAUGACAUCCUCGAGAGGUCUUCCCAGAAGUCCAAACGAGAGUCGGUUUAUGUACCACACGCCUUGGCAUUCAGGAGAGCCUAUUCAUCAAAGCCCAGAACCUACACAGAAGAGGAGCUGAGUGCCAAGCUGACGCGGCGUGUGCAGAAGGCAGCACGGCGACAGGCUAAGCAGGAGGAGCUGAAGCGGCUGCACCGAGCCCAGAUCAUCCAGCGGCAACUGGAGCAAGUGGAGGAGAAGCAGCGGCAGCUGGAGGAGCGGGGCGUUGCGGUAGAGAAGGCCCUGCGAGGCGAAGCAGACUAUUGGGGAGAGUCUUAUUACAGUGGCCUCAUCGACUUGCACCUGGGUGGCAUGGGCAAAAAGGAUGACCCCAAACUGAUGCAGGAGUGGUUCAAACUGGUGCAGGAGAAAAAUGCCAUGGUGCGCUACGAGUCAGAGCUGAUGAUUUUUGCCCGGGAGCUGGAGCUGGAAGACCGGCAGAGCCGGCUGCAGCAGGAGCUGAGGGAGCGGAUGGCUGUGGAAGAUCACCUGAAGACUGAGGAGGAGCUGUCUGAGGAGAAGAAGAUACUGAACGAGAUGCUGGAGGUGGUGGAGCAGAGAGACUCGCUGGUGGCCCUGCUGGAGGAGCAGCGACUGCGGGAGAAAGAGGAGGACAAGGACCUGGAGGCCGCUAUGCUGUGCAAGGGCUUCAGCCUGGACUGGUCCUGAGCCUGCCUACCACUGUGUCUGGUAGAGUGGCACCCACCUGACCCGGCUGCGUUCUCCCAAACCACUGGAUCCAGGUUCAGAAGAGGCCUGGCAUCCUUGGAGGGCAGUGCUCAGAUACCAUGCUGUGGGAAAACACUAGGUGAGGGUUAUCCUCUGAGGUGACUCCACCUCCAAGGAGAGGCGCCCCCCAGACUUCCCUGUCAGGAGGGAGGAGAUGGGUAUGUUUGGUGUGUGCCCUAAGGGAAAGGCCUUCAGGUCCCUGAAGGCUUGCUGCCUGACACCUCUUUCAAGUGGCUCCUCUAAAGAGCCACUGCCACCACAGAGCACCUGUAGAGCAGAGCAGGUACCCUCAUGCUCCCUGAAGCACCACCAAAGAAAGUACAGAGGCAUCCUCAGAAGAGGUCUGUGGGUGGAGAUCCAGCAGGGAGCAGCCUCCAGGGGCAGUGCUCUCCCUGGCAGGGGAAGGAGGCAGGUUCAUUAUGCAAGUUAGGAGGGCACAGGAGGGGCUGCCCCACCACACACUGGAUCCCCAGUGGCCAAGUGCCCCAGGCCUCUCACACGGACAGUGGCCUGAAGCCCGUGGAUUGCUGUGUUCUGCUUUUAGUUCACAACCAUUUUGACACUGGAAAGUAUUGACUUUGGGAGAGCUGAAGGAGGUCCUACCUGUCAACCCCUCCCCCACCCCACUCCUGUUGACAGAGGCGCAGUCCCUGGUCAGCCUCCACAUCAGUACAGGAGAUGGCUCUCCUUGGCAUUUUCCUGUGUUUGCACAUUGAAACGAGACUGACAGCCUGGCCAGACACUCAGCCACUUCGGACCCUUUUUUGUCAAUUAACUUAUUUUUUUAAUACUUGAAAGUAAGCAAUGUCAUUUUUAUACCUUUACUAGAGAGACACUGCCUGUCACCUGCGUGUGGGAGGGAUGAGGUCUUUGUACAUCCCAUACAGCCCGAUGCAAAACUGACCUGAUUCUUGUUACAUACAUUUAUUUAUUAGCCUUCUUAGUAGUGUUACCUACCUGGUUGGCACCAGGGAGCAGCUCAAAGCCCUGUGGGUCCUUGCUCACAGCUUUUCUGUCCCCUCCUCCACCCAUCACCCUGUUCCUGUUGCCACUGGACUUUUCUAGAAUAGCCUCACUGUGCGGAUGCAUUUCAGCACCAGGAGGCCAGGCCUGGAGACAGGCUGUUCUGGUCUUUUGGGGAUCUCAGCUCUGUAGAACCCACUUUGUCCAGUUUUGCUGCCAAGGUUUUACCUCCUGUACAUAUGUUGAAGGUUGAGGUUAGCCCCUCUUCAUGCUUGCUGGGACCAAGUAGAGUGUGACCUUGUCCUCAGGCUGGCUGGUGAAAAUGCUCAGCCCAGCUAGAUAGAAACAUGUGUGCUGGUCUCACCUCAACAUAGCGGCCACUCCAAUCUUCUCUGCCUAUAGCAGGGUUUUCUUGGCCUGGCAAGAGCCAGUAAGUACCAUGUAACCAGAUCCAUAAGCCGAGCCGUUCAUUUCCUGUGGUUCAGCCAGAGACCGGCGAUUGGGGCUAGGGUGCUUCUCUUUCAAAACAGCAGCACAUGGACCAGUCCAUUGGUGCCAUACCAAUCUGGAUAGGACAUGCCAGCUGGGCCUGUGGGAGGGGCUAGUGCAGACAAGAGCCAAGGGCCCACACUGACCCUGGACCUCCCGUGGGAACCACACUGUGCCUCAACUUGAACAUCCAUCCACCCAGCUCGAGGAGCAAACGGCUAUCCUUCUGUUCACCUUGUGCAAGCUGCCAUCUCUCCUGUGGAAAUCCAGAUGUGCUGCUAGCAGCCGCCACAGCUCUGAUGUCAUCACUUCCUGGUCUCUGACAUGGCGGUAUUGCUCUUUUUAUUCUGUCAGAGGAGGAUGUUCUGGAUUCCAUUCUCAACCACAAUCUGCCAAUCAAACUGGACUUUGGACAGGACCUUCAUCGCCUAUGUGGCCAUCUUGACCCUUUCCUCCUCCACAGUGCCACUGGCAAUCCCAUGCAGCCCAGCCCUGUCAUGUCUGCUAACUCAGAACAAGGAAACCAUUUCCCAAGUAACUCAAGAAGGAUGCAGGGGCAUGCUGCAUCUCUAGUGGCCUCAGAGCAGAAGCACCAGAUGUUCCACCCACCCCCACCCCCCACCCGCCUCUGUCCUGGUCAGCCAUGACGUGUUGAUCUCUCCAAAGCACACACUGCUUCCAGCAGUCAUAUGACAGUGGGCAGAACACUUUGCAGGAGGGCCUCAGAAUUCCACCAGCCUUGGGAAUGUCCCGCAGCUCUCCAGUCGUGAUGGCACGAGGACUUCAGGUUCUCAUAGAGCACUUUUUUUUAGGCUCCCAGUUUGUAACCACUAGUUUGCAGUUGAUUUCAGUGGCCCGGGGACGAGACAUGAAGUGUUCUCCGCCUCUGGAAAUGCAAACAACUCUAGUCAUGUGUUCUUGCGUUCUUCCCAGGAAUUAUGUCUUCACUUGAAGGCAGGGAAGAGAGGAGUGUCUACACUUCAUACACACAUAUGAUGCUACAGCGCAUUUGAGUAAACCCAAACUCAAGGCUAAGGACUGUACGUGAGGCUCUAGCCUCUGUCCCAGGAGUGCAAGCAGAAGACAGUCCAUUGCUCCCAAGUAAGAGCAUGGUCAACCCAGGUUCUAACCCUGCUCAGUUGAUAUUCUUACCCCCAACAGCCAUCCUUAAGGUAAUUUUGACCAGCAGCUGUAGACUUUAAAAAAUAAGACAUUUUUCACUGGGACAGGAGAGUAGAGGCAGGGGCAACAAAUAUCGGGGGGCUGGGAAUAUCGCUCAGUGGUAGAACGUGUGUUUAGCAUUCAUAAGGCCCACGGUUCAAUCCCCGGUACCACAUUUUUUAAAAAUUUCUUUUGAAAGAUGGUAACAUAACCCACAAGAGGGAAUGGUCUGUUUUAUGCGCAAUAAAGUUUUGUUUGUUUGUUUUUUUUUUUUCUAAAGAACUGAAAAAUGUAUUUCUGAAGUCAUUUUUCUGCUCUUGGCAUUGAGCCAAGACACAUUUAUCACCUACCUUUCCAGUGAGCGGUACCUACACAGAUCAUCUGGGCAGCUUAUAGGUGAGUGUGUACAGACAGGGAUUCUCAAAGAAUAUAGCUUUUCAUUUGGUUUGUGAUUUUUGAAU